UCGGCGCAUAGAGCGACGCCGCUGACUGCGAAGAGGGCAAACAGUCCAGAGUUUACGCCGGUGGUGACGAUGACGUAGCGACUCGUCACCUCGAUAGCUGGUUUCCUUUCAAGACUACACCUGCACAAACCGGACGAUGUGUACCCAUAAGUGUUUUGGCCUGGAGUUGAUUUUUGUGUAACGAUGGAGGACGGCGAGCUCAUUAUCCGCUUGGCCGGGCGAUCCGGCACUCCGGUGGACGACGGUCGUUUCGGCGUCGGGUUUGGAGAGACGUUGGUGCUGCGGCACAAAGAAGUUCAUAACUUCUUUUUCGUCCCCUUCAGGGAGCAGCCCAUCUACAGCACGCGGGCCCACGUCUUCCAAAUCGACCCCAACACCAAGAAGAACUGGCUGCCCACCAGCAAACACGCCGUCACCGUGUCCUACUUCUACGACAGCACGCGCAAUGUCUACCGCAUCAUCAGCCUGGAUGGUACCAAGGCAAUAAUUAACAGCACCAUCAGUCCCAACAUGACGUUCACCAAGACCUCGCAGAAGUUCGGCCAGUGGGCGGACAGUCGCGCCAACACCGUCUACGGCCUGGGAUUCUCCACUGAGCACCAUCUGUCCAAGUUCGCGGAGAAGUUUGCAGAGUAUAAAGAAGCGGCGCGACUCGCGAAAGAGAAAAGUCAAGAAAAGAUGGAAAUGGCCACCUCGCCCUCUCAGGAGUCGCCGGCCGGGGAGCUCUCGUCGCCUUUGACCCCUGUGACUCCGCCCAUGGAAAACAUCAACGGCACGGACGAAAUCUGCGACACCACCCCCAACUCGGACUCCAGGCCAGAACCGUCGCAGAACGCGCUGGCCUUCGCUCAUAGCCCGGCGAUGACAAAACACUGGGAAGCCGAGCUGGAGGCGCUCAAGGGGAACAAUGCCAAGCUCACGGCGGCUCUGCUGGAGUCCACUGCCAACGUCAAACAGUGGAAACAACAACUGGCUGCCUACCAGGAGGAGGCCGAGAGGCUGCACAAAAGAGUGACGGAGCUUGAAUGCCAGAGCAACCAAAGCCCGGCCAUCAAAUCCCAAAAGACAGAACUCAACCAAACUAUCGAGGAGCUGGAGGCAACCCUGAGAGACAAAGAAGAGGAAAUGGAAAAGCUAAAAGAAGAAUUGGAAAACAUGAACGACCUCAUGGAGCAGAAAGACACCCUGGCCCAGAAACUCGAGGAGACGGAGCUCCGCAGCCGGGUGCUGGAGCAGCAGCUGGCGGGGGCCGAGCAGCGGCUGGAGGAGAACCAGGAGGAGCAGGAGAAUUUCAGGAAGAGCCUGCGAACGCUGCUGGAGCUCCUGGACGGGAAGAUCUUUGAGCUGACCGAGCUCAGAGACACGCUGGCCCGACUCAUAGAGGAGGCCAGCUAAGAGGAAGGGAGGCUGCCGCACGACUCCGUCACAGAGCCAUACCGCCAUUUUUACGCCACCUUCAUCGCGCACUGCGGCCAUUUUUCAAGUCCAGAGAAAUACCCGAUCGCAGUCGUCGAGGAGCCCCACAUUUGCCUUCUCCGUGAAUCUGCGGUGUCGUUCGCUCCGCCCGUUUUUCAAUUGCCAGUCGAAAAUCACAGACAAAAAAAAAAAAAAAAGAAGUGACAGAUUAUUUUGCUCUUUCAUUUUUUUGGGGGGGGGGAAAAUUCGAUUGAUUUCUUAGGUACGAGCGAACGAAAAAAGGACGAAGGGAUCGCCGAUGCACUUUCAGCCUCAGAUUGAGCGAGGCGAGCGCUCGAUCCAAAGUGAAAACACUCGCAAAGGAGGAGCUGCCGCGUUGCGGAUGGGCCGACCCGACUCCACUUCCCGACACGAGACCGCACCCCUUAAAGGCACAUCUUCUAUUCAGAAGGAAAUAUUUUUUUAUCCGAGGCUAAAAAUGAAUUGUGACAAAUCUGUCCUCACAAACAAAUAUGAUAAUCAGCGUCUUUCAUUUCAUGAUUUUCGAUUGCCAAAUGAAAAUGGAACGAACGAAUGAAAGACGGAACUCCUCGCCGGAGUGAACAUUUUUGCUUUUCAGUGAGACUUGAAGCCACUUUCCCGCCCCCACUUGACAAGUGUGCCUCGGUGCCGUGUGUUGUCCGACCCCUACGACUACGCCCCCCCCCCCCCCCCCCAACCCUCUUCAGCCGUGGAAAAUCACGCGGGGAAUAAUUGCUGUUCAGAAAACGUCGCCAAAGCUGCCGAACCUCCUCAGACUGUCCUGACGUCACAACGAUUCGAAGUGACUCGGCUGUACAGAGAAGCAACAAAGUGAAUCAAAGGAGGACUUUUCACCCCCCCCCCCCCAAGAGGAAAAACAAAACAACAUUUCAGAGCUGUCACCAAACUGCAUUAUUACAAUAAGCUGAUCCACUACUUAACUGCACUUACGUCUUACUUGACAGCAGGAACAUUUUAUAUGAACGGGAAUCUGCGGGGGCGGCCUGCGUGGCUUUUCUCCGGGUGGCCACUCCGGUUUCCUCCCACAUCCCCAAAACACGCAACAUUAAUUGGACACUCUAAAUUGCCCAUAGGUGUGAUUGUGAGUGUGACUGCGAUUGGCUGGCGACCAGUUCAGGGUGUUCCCCGCCUCCUGCCUGAUGACAGCCGGGAUAGGCUCCAGCGCACCCCUCGUGAGGAUAAGCGGCAAAAGAAAAUGGAUGCACGGAAAUCUGUGGGUCCUUGACUAGUUUCACAUAGCAAGAAAACGCUACAAAGAUGCCCCUCGACCAUUUGUUCCAAUACAUUUUCCUACAUAAAAAUAGAACAGGCGGCACGGUGGAACAGCUGGUAAAGCGUUCCGAGGUCCCGGGUUCAAUCCUGGACCCGGCUGUGUGGAGUUUGCAUCUUCUCCCCGUGCCUGCGUGGGUUUCCUCCCACAUCCCAAAAACAUGCAACAUUAAUGUGACACUCUAAAUUGCCCAUAGGUGUGCUUGCGAGUGCGGCUGUUUUUAUCUAGGUGCCCUACGAUUGGCUGGCAACCAGUUCAGGGUGUACCCCCGCCGCCUGCCCGUUGACAGCUCGGAUAGGCUACAGCACUCCCCACAACCCUCGUGAGGAUAAG